AUGUCGGAUAACUAUGUAAACGAGGUCACAUUUAUGACCGUUCUCUGGAUCUGUCAGACUAUCACCUUCUUCUUUGUCCUCAUCCGACUCGUGCUCCAAUACCGCAUUGAUCGCCAGUGGCACACCAACGAUGUCCUGAUUCUAGCGGCUUGGCUUCUGGCCCUAAGCAAUGGGACUGUCUGGUCUAUUGUCUACAAACAAUUGUUCCAAGUGCUUGCGCUUAGCGAAGGCCCUAUUGAUCUUUCACAUAUGCCACCUAAUAUUGGUUGGAUCAUGAAGAGGUACCUUCGAGGCCAGCUUGCCAGCUACCUCCUUUCUUACACCAGCUUAUGGCUCAUCAAAUUGUCCUUCAUAUUCUUCUUCCGGAAGCUGGGGAAUCGCUAUCGCACGCAACGGGUCCUCUGGUGGGGGGUUCUUGUCUUUGUCAUCGCCUGCUAUGGGGGGACACUGGGCAUCUUGGACUAUGAGUGUGAAAUGGCUUCGCUGGAGAACAGUAUUGAGCGCUGCACAAGUGCACAUUCUAUCUGGUACGAACGCGUUAGUCUGAAGGUAGCUACCACCAUGGACAUCGUGUCAGAUGCAGCCAUUAUUAUUCUCUCGGGGAACGUCAUGUGGAAGGUUCAGAUAAAUUUAACUAAGAAAGUCGCGUUAAUCGGGGUUAGCUUUCUGACGGCGUUCAUUAUCAUCAUUGCGUUGGUGCGGCUGUUGCUCAGCGUCUCGGGCACGGGUAUCCUAAAUCCGGCAUGGCUUGUCAUGUGGAAUGCGGUUGAGAUCUGCGUCGCCUUUAUAGUCUCCUGUCUGGCAUCUUUCUGGACCUUCUAUACCAAGUUGAAGCGAGCAUCAGGCGCUCUUAAUCGGCGGGGAACUUUCUCUCCGAAUGGGAAUUACAACUCCCUGGAAACACCGAUCUUACUCUCUGCGGGGGUCAGUGAAAGGGACAAAAGUCGUCAGUCUACCAUGUCUAUUCGGACUCAAAGCUCGACGCGGGACAACCUUCCUGAUGGUGUGUCUAGAGGCCUUGGCUAA